GACAUAUAUUUCACAAGUAAACAAACAUGGAUAGGUUAUCUGAAAUGUCUGAGCAGAGAAGGAUAAUCGAAGAAAAGAAACUAGAAAUUUUACGCAAAAUAGAGCAGAAGAAAAAAAGAGAAGUUGAUAGCGCACCUACAACAACCACGAAUAUUGUCACAUCUUCUAAUAAAAGCUUUCCUGUGAAAAUUCCAACAUUUUCAUCAACUAAUCUGUUUAAAAACGAUGGAAGUUUUUUAGACCAAUUUAAAAAAAUGCAAGAAACUGACAAAAAUUCUGUAAAUAACUCUUCUGAAUCUUCGUCUUCAAAAGGGGGUAUUGUGAUGAAAAUACAGCCGCCUCCAAGUAAAACUUUAGAACCUACUCCUGCUCAAGCUGAAUUAGCUACUGAGGAGGAUGACAAAACUCUUAUUUCUUCACCAGAGGAUAGAGCCGUUCGCAUUGCUGUCGAGAAGGUGGCCAUAUCUGUGGCAGUGAACGGAGGAAUGGCUGAAGAGGUGGCUAGAACUUCCAACCAAGAAGACCCUGCUUAUAGUUUUCUAAAUGAGCAUGAUGGAGAGGUGUAUAAACUGUAUCAAAAACGAGUUUCUGAUCUGGUGGAAGCUAAAAAGCGAGCAGAAGCUGACGGACAUUUGAUGACUUUCAACAAAGAUGAUGAAAAAGCUGAUAGCCAAAACACAGCUAAAAGGAGAAAGAGGAGCCGUUGGGAACCACAAGAUUCUGAGUGUGAUGUUAAUAUUAUGCCAAGAUAUGUACAGCAAGAUACUGGCCUUGUUUCAUACGCGAUGCAAGUUUUUGGGUCAACAGAUUUAACUCCCGAACAGUGGAAACAGCUUGAGGACCAAAGAAAGAUGCGACUUUUGUUCGAGAUGAUGCAAAUGAAGCAGAAAGAAGCCGAACUCAGAAAACUGACCGGGAAAAUGAAGUAUGAAUACGAUUCUGAUGAAGAGACUGACGGCGGUACCUGGGAGCAUAAAAGAAGAGCUAAGGAAAUGGAAAAAACUAAAAUAUGGGCUGAGGAACUUACGCAACAGGCUCAAGGUAAGCACCACAUUGGGGAUUUUCUCCCCCCUGAAGAACUGGAAAACUUCCUGGAGAAGUGGGAUGCGGUGAAGGAAGGCCGGAACCCGGAUCUCUCCGAUUACAAGGAGCAUAAAUUGACAUCUACCAACAUCGGUUACCAGAUGUUGCAGAAACUUGGUUGGUCAGAAGGACAAGGGCUGGGUGCUAACGGAGGAGGAAUUGUUGAUCCAGUCAACAAGGGUAACGUGUCUGUUGAAAACGCGGGUUUAGGCCAAACUAGGCCCGAUGAUAUAAAAUCUGACGAUGAUGAAUAUGAAGCGUACAGAAAGAGGAUGAUGCUUGCCUAUCGUUUUAGACCCAAUCCUUUGAAUAAUCCUCGACGUCCAUAUUAUUGACUGUUCGAUCUGAAUCAAGGUGUUCAGCAAAUGUUGGAGAUUAUCUAGUUUUAGUUUUUUAACUUGUUCAGCAACCUGUUGAACAACACUUUAAACUUAAACGCAAUUGUAUAGUUUUAACUCAUAUGUCUGUUUCAUUUUUGUGCAUCUGUUGAACUUUGUACAUACCAAAUAAAUACUACUGAUCAUUAAA